GAACCAGUGUUAAUGAUAAUACUGAUCCUAAAAGGUGUGUAUACUACAUACAUGCUGUAGGAAGAAAACAAUACUGUGUGAUCAGUCCAAACCAGGCUGUAUAGCACAGGGCCAUAAAGCCCAUUGGCUUGGCACAAUCUGCCUCUAAAAAAAAAAAAAAAAAAAAAAAAAUAGAAGAAGAAGAAGAAAAAUAUGAGUGUACAUGAUAACGUCAGUGAGCAUCAGAAGCCAUGGUUUUAAAGUUACAACCUCAUUAGCCCCAGAUUGAGGCUAUAUAACCUUAAACCCACAAACAGAAGGUUCAGGGGAUGAAAUGUUCUUGUUUUCUCGUGUGCACUGGAGCGUGCUUUUCAAGGUAAAUGUUCUUUUCCCAACAUGAAAUAGGUCUUUGUUGUUUGCCCAGAGGUAAAGAGGCGGAAAAGUGAGGAGGAUCUGAACUGGUUUCCAUGUCAAACACUUCAAUUCACCAUAGAAACUCAGAUCUUAACGUGGAAACUUUAUUAAACUGUGAUGGUGGAUUGAUAAGGGCCGAAUUUCUAUCGGCCUCUUUUUAUUGUGGGCACCAGGCGGGCUGACAGAGGUAAAUUGCUCUUUUAAUUAAAGCAAUGCACCAGGGGAAAUUGCUGUCUGAAUAUUGUCUCAGAGAUGGGGGCCAGUGACAGUUGCCUGGAAACUUCAAUCUGUCCACCCGCAUUUAUUCCAGAUCACAGUUAUGAGAUAAAGUUUAAUAAAAAUCGUUUCCUCCGCCACCAACGAAAUGAAAUCCAACCCUUUCUGAACAAGUGAACACAAUGAGACAGGACUGCGGAGGAAACCUCAUGUUCAACAUGUAUCUCUCAGAUCCAACAGAAAACCUGUUGAAAGACAGCAAAGGAACAUCAUGGGGUCCAAUAAACACAGGAGUACAAAAAGGCAGUGGGCAGAUUCAGCUGUGGCAGUUCCUGCUGGAGCUCCUCUCUGACAGCACCAACAUGUCGUGCAUCGCCUGGGAGGGAACCAACGGCGAGUUCAAGCUCAUCGACCCGGAUGAGGUGGCCCGGCGCUGGGGGGAGCGCAAAAGCAAACCUAACAUGAACUACGAUAAGCUGAGCCGAGCGCUGCGCUACUACUACGACAAAAACAUCAUGACCAAAGUCCACGGCAAGAGAUACGCAUAUAAGUUUGAUUUCCACGGCUUGGCGCAGGUGUGCCAGCCGUCCACCACGGAGCAGGCCAUCUACAAGUUUCAGGGUAACUUCUCCCCGAUUCCCUUCUCCGGGAUUUCCAAACUGAACCUCGUGGCUCCCGGCGUGGGGCCGUCGGGUUUCUCCUACUGGCCUGGUUCCCCACCAGCGGCUCUGUAUCACAGCCACAACCUCCAGCCUCCAGGGCCCUUUGGCACCGUGUCUCCGUCCCACAUCAGCUGUGUCAACAACAUCAACAGCCUGAGUAACAUCAACAACCAUUACAACUGACUAUUAAUGCGUCUUUUAGACAGACUGGGAGAAUAUUAACACCAAGAGUGAUACAGCAAUGAACGAGAGGACAGACAGGCCUAUUUUGGUUAGUUUGCAGGUGAAAAUACGGUUCCAGCCUCAAGCUGAUUUGAUUUGGUCAAAAAUUAACGUUUUCAAACGCCACGCAAGAAUUAGCUCGACAGCACACAGCUGUUUGUAAAGGUGUAAUUAAGACCUACAGUCAUAGAUGAUGCUAGAACGACAGGUGUGUGUUAGAAAGGCGUCUACAAACUUAUACUUUGACAAAAAAAUGUUUUUUUCCCCCAGUUCAAACCAACAGGCCAAGACGUCUUUACGCGAGCAAAUCCUUCAAUCCACUGCUGGCUGCCUAUCCAAUUACGCACAGUGGUUUGAACUUUUACGCGCAGUACUUCAAUAAUUAUAGUAGUCAAACUCAAUCAUUAUAUUAGUUCAAUUUUAACCCAUAAAAAGCCCCAAUGUGGAAUUUCCUAAUUGCAGCCACAACGUGUGAAAUUUAAUCGUAUCAAUAACAGUUUCCGUGUGGGAGACCUAUUUUCCAAAUGAUCAAAUUAUAGAAUAUUAUUUAAAAAUAAUGAAAAAUAAACUGUUUUGUAACUGUCACUGCUCAUCCUUUGCUGUUUCCCAUGCCUUCAUCCUUGAGUUCUGGGUGUCACAUACAGAUGAAUGUGUUUGCACCAACCCUGGGAGCAAAUUGCCAGCUAUUAGUGGACUAUUGGCGCCAUCUUGUGGUAUUUUGAAAUGGCCAAACGCAUGCUGGACGACAUCAUUUUCAAUUUUACUAAAUAUCACCGCCACCGCUGUAUCACCUGAGAGGUCAGUCCCCCCUGAAUAUAUAUCCCUUGUUACUUUACUCCAGAAAUCACCACGUCCGUUAUGAAAAUGCUCAUUAAAAGAAAAAUCCAACGUCACUCACUUGCAAUAAAAAGAAAAGUACUUCAAAGGUAGAGAGUUGUUGUUUGUGUGACAUAGGCUCUAACGUGAAUAGUAACAGAAACUGUGAAUCUUGACUCUGUAAAUACUGUAGGAUACAGACAGGCUCAGGCUAUUGCUGCUUUUUAGUGCUUUUGAAGUGAAAUACAGUGCAUUCGUUCACAAAUGCUCAUACUGUAGCUACACCAACUGUACCAAUGGAAAACAAAUUAAGUGAAUAAAAAAAACAGACUGUUAUGAUCAAA